UUCCGUGGUGUUGGAAGUUGCGGAGGAUCGAGUCUAGGGGGCUGGUGUGGUUUGAGAGCGACUGGUUCAGGGCAGCGAGUAGGUGGUAGGGUGAACUUCUGUGUUUCUGCCCAUCCUUCCCGUUCAUAACCGGGUAUGGAACUGGCCUUGGACUUGGGUGACCAGGACCUGCUGGACUUCCUGCUAGAGGAAAGCGGAGAUUUGGGGGCCGAACAGCCACUUUCCGAGACGCUGAGUGAAUGGGAGGCAGAGGAUUUCCUGAGUUCCCUGCUGAGUCCCGCCGCAUCGUUGAGCGACUUUAGCUCCUCUGAUUCCUGUCUUGUUCUCCAUGAUCACACGUACUCUCUCUCACAGCAGCAUGUCUCCAUAGAUCUAGGUGAGUCUCAAAUAAGUGAGGUUUGGUGGGAGGAGAGACUUGUGGGCCUGGCUAUUUAUACUUUCCCUUUUGCAGAUGGUGGGAACUAUGGAAAAGAGGGGGCUCAGACGACUCCACUGCGUGUGGAGGAGCCUGCAGAGCAGGAAAUUGCUAGGCUGAUACUGACAGAUGAGGAGAAGAGGCUGUUGGAGAAGGAGGGGCUUACUCUGCAUGGGACACUUCCUCUUACUAAGAUGGAGGAACAAGUUCUGACACGAGUGCGGAGGAAAAUUAGAAACAAAAAGUCUGCUCAAGAGAGCCGCAGGAAGAAGAAGGUGUAUUUGGGAGGUUUAGAGAGCAGGGUCUUGAAAUAUACAGCCCAGAAUCUGGAGCUACAGAACAAAGUACAGCUCCUAGAGGAACAGAAUUUGUCCCUUCUGGACCAGCUGAAGAGACUUCAGGCCAUGGUGGUUCAGAUAUCAAACAAAACGAGCAGUACCAGCACCUGUGUCUUGGUUCUCCUUUUCUCCUUCUGUCUGAUCAUCGUACCUGCUAUGUACUCCUCUGACACAAGGGGGAGCCUGCUGGCUGAGCGCGGAGUGUUGUCCCGCCAGCUUCGUGCCCUCCCCAGUGAGGAUCCCCGCCAGCUGGAGCUUCCUGCCCUGCAGUCAGAGGCACUGAAGGACAGCUCAGACCAGGAGCUCCAGGCUCCUGGCAACUCUUGCUGCCUGAUCUUCCACAUGCCUCAGACUCCUGGUGCUGAGUCUCCCCUGAAGCUACCACUUCCUGUCCCUUCCUCAGAGUCCCCCUGCCCAGGUCCCGUCCUUCCCCUGCAUGCAAAUUUCACAAGAGGUGGGGAAUGGCACCCUCCUCAUAGCCCCACAUCUGUUAUCUUACAGGGCAGAUACUCAGGCUAGAUGUGAAUAUGGGGGGCUAAGUCAGAGCCUGAGGUUCCUAGUCUGGGUCCACAUGAAAGGGGUGGGAGAGGGCUAGCCUGAGCUCCUGUGUCCUGUGUCAGGAAGACUGAGAGUCCGAACACACCACACUUAACUGGCUUUCUGGGUCUUUUAUUUGUACCCACGUAAAUCUACCACCCCAUGAAUGGGCCCGGGGGAAUCAAGUGACCUCCUUAAACAUUUCAUGCAGUGAGGGGAUUGGGUGAGAGAAAUAAAUAAGUGAUUCUGA